AACUUCUCACUGCCUUCGUUUUCUUGUCUUUUUCAUCAGAUCACGUCUAGCGAAUACCAGUAAUUUGCAUAAUCAGUGUGAAUGAGAAUGACCUAACCCAGUUUCUCUCACACUGCAUCUUUUCCCGUGUGGAAACUAAUUGAAAUUGAAAUUCCCCACUUCUUUUCCAUGUUGGAUAUGCUAUUAUUCUCUGCAACCCCUUCACUUUUUUCUUCUUUUUAAGCUCUUAUUUCAAACUCCCAAUCUUGCUGUCUGUCUAUUUCUUUGAAUGGUUUUUCGUUGCUUCACAAAAUGGCUUCUUGGUGGGAUUUAAGACCCUUCUUUCGUUUUCAGUCUAUUAGGACACGCUUUCAGGAUUUAUCAAGCAGGAGGCUCGGAAUCUCUGCUGUUUCUGGUGCUCACUUUUCAUCCAUUAAUUUUCCAUUGAUAGACAAAAAGAAUGAAGAGGAUUUCAGAACGAGGGAAGUUCAACUUGGUUCACAUACUGUGAGCUCUCAUGGAUAUGCAGUUGCGAGAACACACAAACAUGAUUGGCUCAUUCUCCUGCUCCUCGUGUUGGUUGUUAUCGGCCUAUUAGUUGUCCAGCCGUUCCAUCGCUUUGUUGGGAAGGAUAUGAUGACUGAUCUCAGAUAUCCCCUGAAGAGUAAUACGGUUCCUGUUUGGUCCAUUCCCAUGUAUGCAGUUUUAUUGCCUAUAGUGAUCUUUCUUGUUGUCUACAUCCGAAGGAGAGAUGUCUAUGACCUUCAUCAUGCUGUGCUGGGUCUAUUGUUCUCUCUUUUAAUAACAGCAGUAAUUACUGAGGCAAUAAAAAAUGCAGUAGGUCGACCUCGACCAGACUUCUUCUGGCGAUGUUUUCCAGAUGGAAAGGAUGUUUAUGAUAAAUGGGGAGAUGUCAUCUGUCAUGGUGAAAAAGAGGUCGUAAAGGAAGGAUAUAAGAGUUUCCCAAGCGGCCAUACUUCAUGGUCAUUUUCUGGUCUGGGAUUUUUAUCACUGUACUUAUCUGGGAAAAUAAAAGCAUUUGAUCGCAGAGGUCAUGUUGCAAAACUCUGCAUUAUUUUUCUGCCACUACUUUUUGCAUCACUUGUUGGCAUUUCUCGAGUCGAUGACUACUGGCACCACUGGCAGGAUGUGUUUGCGGGAGGCCUUUUAGGGCUUACAGUGUCUACAUUUUGCUAUUUGCAGUUUUUUCCGCCUCCUUAUCAUUCUGAAGGCUGGGGUCCUUAUGCAUACUUUAGGAUGUUGGAAGAAUCACGACAAAUGACCCAAGUUCCUAAUGUUCCAAAUUCUGGUCAUGCACAGUUAACAGAGGUUCAGGCUGAGAGUGAGGAGGGUCAAGAAGGUUGCCAUGGGUAUAUGGGGCUAUCUUUAUCACNGGAUCGUAAUGCAACACUGAAUGACAUUGAAUCUGGAAGAGGAUAAAGUGUGUACCAUCUAAAUCUAAUGAUCCUACUCUUUGUAAAUUAGAUCCCUGUUCAUAUCCUAGAAUUUUAACCAGGAUCUAGAACUACCACAUUUUGCUGAAAAAAGUGUUUACUGGGUUAGUCAAGAGUUUAUAAAAAACUUUGAAGAAUAUUUGUUUGUAAGAAUCAUGUUCGGGACAAAUCAUCUGUUCUUUCUCUAUUUGUGAAUAUGUUGACAUAAGAAAAUAGGAAAUCUCUUCAAGUGUC